CCGGAGUGGUAACAAAUAAACAAGGCAAAUUUGGUCAGUUGUUUCAAUAUAGGGCACCAGGUGCUGGGGGCUGCGUAAGUGAGUGGGUGCAGGGAUCACCAUGAUGCCAUAGUGGAUUCCACCAGGCGAGUAGAGAACGAACGAGCGCAGCGAGAACAGUCUGAGAGGGCUCCCCCCUGACCGUCGAUCGCAAGAAGAUCUUCAGUCUUCAGUGUUCUGUUAGGAAUGAAAUUGAAUCAUGUUCGGGGACUGCUAAUUAUACAACUCUGCAGUUGCCCUCUGAGCCUAUGAGAGCAUCGGACUGCUGCCAGUACGGUCCCCCCUUUCACCCAAUUAAUAUCCAGCUCCCAAGCCUCCAAACCCCAAACGAAGAAACACCAGAGGGCCUGGGUGGAGUUCCAGGCCUUCAAAGCCCACUGAAGACCAGUCAAACCCCCUGGAAAGUCCACUGAAAUUCCACAUCUUCCCCCCCACUGCCGAGUCCACACGCCUGCAAGACCGCAAGGCGCGUAACUCCUGAGAGGGUCUUGUGCUUAUUAACGGAGCCUGAAAGCGGCCAGUCUCGAAAGUUGCGACUCCAUCGAACAAACUAUUCUCCAGGGAAAAUCCAGAUCCUCACCCCUAGUCAUUCCUUUUCUUUCUCUUUUCCCCCACGGGGUGUCUACCGUGUGUCCAGCGUCCUCUCGCCCCUCCAUCCCACCCUCCGCCUCCUCCUCCUCCCUCCUCUUCCCCGAUCGAUCCAUGGAAUAAUGGGGCCGGAUCAACAGCCGCAAAUAGAUGGCUUUGGGUUGACCUUCCCAUUCCCUAUCAGGGUCGCUACCCUUUUAGUUGCCGGGUUUUGGGGAUGGGCGAUCAACCUACACUUCCUGGCCAAGGCCAAUAUUGAUGUCCCGGCACUGAUCCGAUACCCAUCCUCCGCUCAACGGUCUCACCAUGCCUCCGCCUACCGACUAGCCACCAUCUUCACCAUCCCACUCACCCUCUGGUUGAUCGUUUUCUGGAUCGUCACACAUUGCCAGUUUGAGCUCGUGGGUCGCUUCGACUAUAUUCCGCAAUCCGUCUUCAUCAUCCUCCUCCUGAUCCUAAUCUGGCCAUUCAACCGGGCCUCUCGGGCAGGCCGCAUCCGCCUCCUUCUGACACUGAAACGGGUCGCCAUCGGGGGUCUUGCGGAGUCGCAGGAUGGCAAGUUUGGCGAUGUCCUGCUGGCGGAUGCCCUGACUAGUUAUGCACGGGUCUUGGGAGACCUUUAUAUCAGUUUCUGCAUGUUCUUCACCGACGGACUGUCCGCGACCUCCAAGCCUAACCGUGCCUGUGGAACGGACUUUAUCGUGCCCAUUAUUAUCGCGGUGCCGAGCGUGAUUCGAUUGCGCCAGUGUCUGACGGAAUAUGUGCGAUCGCGCAACACAUCCUCCCGGCGGGACGCGAGUAAGGCAAAUCAGCACUUGGCCAACGCCUUGAAGUAUUCUACCGCGUUUCCGGUCAUUUAUUUGACAGCCAAGCUGCGCAACUAUAACCCGCUUGACUUCCACGGUUUCAGCGAGGUGACCAUUAUGCGUCUCUUGUUCAUUUUCUCAUGUAUCAACUCCGGUUACUCGUUCUGGUGGGACGUUGUGAAGGAUUGGGACUUCACACUCUUCUCCCCCAACCGCCUGAACCGUGAUCAUCCAUACGGUCUACGCCGACACCGUAACUUUUCUUCCGACCGGUUGUACCACUACGUCAUCAUCGCGGAUCUUGCCCUCCGAUUCUCAUGGCUGUGGCGCGUGAUCCCGGGUCUCGCAUGGCUUCCUGAAACCGAAUCUGGCCUGUUCCUGCUGAUGUUCCUCGAAGUCGCCCGUCGUUGGAUGUGGGUCUUUUUCCGGGUUGAAGCCGAAUGGAUUCGCAACACCCAAGGCCCCGGCCCCGACGAUAUUCUGCUUGGCGACUUCAACCACAAGUUCGACGCAGAUUAAACAGAAACCACUAUGUCAUCCCGUGCGAUGGGGCAAUUCUUUGCACUCUCUUUUCUCUUUUUUGAAGCGGUUCCGUUCAAACUCAUCACCUGGGAACGAGUAUGCGACUCAGAAUCUCAGUUUCCGACUCCUCCACAACGCCCUCUCUCUGGAAGCAACACAUGUUUCCCACAUUCUCGGAUGUCUACCUACGUCAAUCCACCCAUUACAAUUAGAACAGUUAUAGACACGCGACCUUUCUCCCGGUGUAAGGAAAGUACAUAUAUUCAGCUUGUAUGCUUAUCUUCGUGUUCUACUUCCUUGAUUGAUUUGAGUGUUGUAUAAGCACUCUGCCUCUAUCUGGUACUGAAGUUUCUUUUCUAAUUGUCUCAUUUUCUCGGAGUAAUGUCUAUAUUUGCCCUGGCUUGCUCAAGUUUGAUCUUGAUUCGGUUACGCCUGAAUUGGUGGAG